UGUAAGUCACAUCGUCACAUGCUAAAAGCCACAGCCAAAAGCUCAUAUCAGGAAUAUACAAACGGGGAAACGGGCCCGGUAUAAUGAACACGUGAUCCCAACGUAAACAGCGAUAUUUAUAUUGAUUGGUUUAUCUAUCAUAAAUAGACUUCGCUCAUUCAUUUCCUUAGACAUAUCUUUGCAUCUAUUAUCGUAAUCUUUCUUCGAACAAACGUCAUAAUUCAAUCUGUGGUUCCGUGUCAAAUGGCACAUCCAGUAACCACAUUUUUAAAUCGAGAAUCCGAAGUUGUGCAUUGUGCAAAGGUGUAAAAAAAUGAAUAUUUUCAGAAGAUUAUGCCUCAAAGAUAUAACUAAAAUUAUUCAAAGUGAAGCUAGAUGCUAUUCUGGAGGAUUAUAUGAACCCCAUUACUUAGAUGAAAUGAAAUCAAAAACACCAUUGUACGAUACGCUGAAUAUUAUCUUACGAGGAUAUGAUUACCCAAUACUUGAAAAUUACCAAAAGCAGUUGCACAAUCUAUUAAAGAACAUGGAAAUUGAUGUUGAAGAAAGUUGGGCUAUUCCCCCACAACACAUCCAAAUAUCUACUUAUAAGCCAAAAAGUGACUUGGUACAGUCUCAAUUUUUACUAAAAACCUAUGAGAGGAUUAUUCAAAUUACUGAUGUGCCAUCUAUACAGCUCCCAAUUAUAAUAAGAGUAAUAGAAGCAGGACUUCCUGCUGGAGUAUCUGUCAAUAUACGUCCACAUGAGGAAGCUGAUGAAGAGAAUCGUUAUAUUCCUGAUAGUGAAUUAAAUGCUCUUAAAAGUGAAUUGGAAGAAUUAGGAGGACCUUCCAAGAAAAAGUGAUUUGGAAUUUUUUAUUAUUGUUUCAUACAAUUUACUAGGGUGUACAUUGAUAAAUUUAGAACGUGACUGAAA